AUGACUACAGAAGUCAGUUCACACCAUUAUGACGAUCACCACCAGCAGCAGGUCGCUGCUACUGCUGCUGAAAAUAUUCAAAAUUCUCAACAGGAUGAUACACUCAGAAACCAACUAAACCAAUUAUUCGACCAAUUCGAGAAUAAGGUCACAUCAAAAAAUCUAUUUCGCAUGAUUGUUGAAUUUGAGCAAACACAACCGGACUGUAUUCUAUUGACGGAGGGCCGAGACUUAUUUCAAGCGUGGUGUGAACAUAAUCCUGAGAUUGAUGUGAAUGUUGAUGAAGUUCUGUUGUUGAUCUCUAAUCUGAAAGACACCAAAAAAAGUAAUAAUGUCGAGAACAGUAACAACAGUUCUACGAAACGACCAAAUACUAUAAGCAGGUCAAAGUUUGGAAGUGUGAGAAGUAAUUAUAAUAUUAAUUAUAGGAGAGGGAUACAUCAGGGUGGUGGUGGCGGAUUCGAGUCUUCGAGAGGACCUUCACCGUUGGAUCAUGACAUUAAUCGCGACGAGAAUGCAGAAACGAUGUUAUCAUCUACGGGAAUGACACCUUUUCAGCCAAGGUCAACUUCUCACGCCUUUGAAAAGCCACCUAAUUACGCGGAAUCUACUUCACCGAUAUUUGAGAUCGAGGGGACCGGUGAAAUUGAUUUACACGCAGUUCAAGACCCCACAAUGGAACUAGGUCGUCUAUACCGUCACACGGUGGAACUCGCCAAGAAACUCAAAGAAUCCGAGAAAAAUCUCGCAACUGUUGCACGACAACAUGAGGACCGAAUCGAAGAGCUGCAACAGAAAUUGGAACAAACCAAACAGGAUUUGAUACAUAAAAAACGGGAAAUUCAGGAUCACAAGAGCAAAGAGAAGACGAAUUUGCAUCAGAUUUCGGCGCUCGAAAAUGAGAUGCAAAAAGUCAGCAGAAACUUAACGGGUCAAAGACAAAUGUACAAUAGUCUAAAAAAAGCAUACGAAGAACAGUCCACGGAGGCAGAAAGACUACGAGAGGAAGCUGAGCGACUGCGAGAUUCUGUGCGAAAAAGAGAAGCUCAGUUAAAAAAUACCGAAGCGAAUCUGACUAAUUUCACAAACGAACAAGUGAAGUGGUCAGAAGAACGCCAAGGAUUAGAAGCAGCGCUAAAAAAACUAAAUCAGGAUGUCGCGAAAUCAGCCCAAAUCGCUGCCGAUCUAGAACAACAAAAAGAAGAGAAUCGAAAUUUGAAAGAGACUCUUGAAAAGUUAAAGCUUGACUUGGAGUUAAAGAUUGAUUUGGCAAUGGAACUAUCGCGAAGUAAGCAGAAAGAGGAGGAAGCAGCAGGCUCUGACUCUAAUUAUGAAGAAGCUGAUGUUCGCGGUGAACGAGGUGAACGUCGAAGUAGCAAGUCGCACCGACGUCGAACAACCGAUCAAUCAUCAAAUGGUGGCAGUGACAUUAUAACAAACGAAGCCGUCAUCAGUGGGGGAACACUCUCACGAACAAACUCAACGAACUCAUUAUCAACACCGUCAACACUAUCAUCAACAACACAUGACCUGGAAAGACAUCGAUCCUUGUCGACGAUGGAUCAACAAUCACCGCACCAAGAACACACUACACGAAAAUCAAAUCGAUCUUCGUCUCGUCGUCAAUUAUCGGAUAAUCAACGUAUCGUUAACCAUUACCAGGAUCUCUCGUCGGAACUUGGUUCUCAAUUUUCGAUGAUUGAGAAUUUACAUCUGAUUCGAAAUCAGCAGCUGGCGCAAUCUCAGAGUGCUGAUUCAACGAGAAAUUCGUCGAGGUUGACAAGAAAAUCGACACGUCCUCGCAAACGAGGAGUAGUGACACCAGUCUCAGAAACAGAGCCUACAAUAAACUCCGACACACCAACCACAACCCCAACAAUUCCCACAACAAAAACACUAGUCACACGCAACCAAAACAUGGCCGUCUCAUCACAGGUGAACAGCACCGUCACAUUCGCACUAUACACACUAGUGGUCUACCUGUUCGGGAUAAUCACGUCUGUGUUUGUGCUUGAUGGUAGUCAAGGUACCAAUGCGGGAUAUUCAGAUUGGAUAGGAUUUGAUUCUGUGCGUGAGGACAGUGUAAUGGCGCGUUCAAUUCAAAUUAUUUUGUAUUGGUUUGAGACUCUGUUGAAUGAUGGGAACAAUAUGGUGCCUACAUAA